UCUACCUAGUCAAUGAUAUUGUUUGUCGUACACUGUUACGGUGCCGUCCACCGGUUCACAACUUGUUACGAUUUUAUCAUGAUUUCCUGUAAUUUAUUACAAGGAAUUAAUUAAAUACGCAACAUAAAACAUUUUUAACAAUUCAUUUUAUUUUAAUCAUUAUGGAUUAUAAAGAUGAGCAACACAAUGAGAUCGAAGCUUUGGAGUCAAUUUAUUGUGGAGAAUUGGAAAUUUUAGCCGUAGAACCAUUUUAUACAUUUUCCAUACCUAUUAAAACUGAAGAGUAUGAGCCAGGUACUGGGAAUGGUCUCAGCUGUUCAUUGGAAUUUACAUAUACUGAAAAAUAUCCAGAUGAGUCACUUCUUAUAUCGAUAGAGGAACAUGAAAACUUUGAAGAAGGAAAUGCUGAGAAAUUAAAGGAACAUCUAAUGGAACAAAUGAAUGAAAACCUUGGAAUGGUCAUGGUAUUUACUUUAGUUAGUGCUGCUCAGGAGUGGCUUAAUGUACAGUGGGAUAAAAUUAAAUUGAAAAGAGAAGAGAGUGCAGCACAAAAACUAAAGGAAGAGGAAGAAGCAGAAAGAAAAAAGUUUGAGGGAACACGAGUUACGGUUGAAACAUUUUUAAGUUGGAAAGAAAAGUUUGAUGAAGAAAUGGGAUACACAAAAAGAAGAGAAAUGGCUGAGAGAGAAGGGAAAAAAUUAACUGGUAGAGAAUUAUUUAUGACUGAUAAAACAUUGGAUCAGUCUGAUCUGAAGUUUUUAGAUGAUGAUUCUGUUAAAGUAGACGAAAGUCUGUUUCAAAAUCUUGAUGAUUUGGAUCUGGAAGAUGACGAUGAUGACGAUCCUGAUUAUGAGCCGAACGUUUCUGACGAUAGUGCCUAAAUAAAUAUGCUAUAGUUCUCCACUAUUAUUUAUAAAAUAAUUCCAAGACUCCUAUUUAUUGAGUGUUUAAAUACAAACUUAGUACUUAAAAGUAUCGUUUAAGUACUAGAGUUUAGAUGACAAAUUGACAUGUUCGAAGCAAAUCUACCAAUGUAAAAUGAAUUCAUUAAAAUUUAUAGCUGCCAUUUGCAUUUUGUAUAAUGGCUGAAAUUUUAUACAUAUAUGUAUGAAAAGGAAUAGAUAUAUUUAAUAAGGAAAAUAAUUUUUAUAAUUAUGUACAUAAUUGAAUCUUUUUCAUAAAGCUUUGUUUAAUGAACCCAAAA